GCCAACGUGUCCACCUUUGAAAGAGGAGAGAGAAAAUACAACACUCUCUGAAUCCUGAUUGGUUAACGUACGAGGCUUCCAUCCCCCCAACACACAACUAUUCGUCAAGUCGUCUUUUCCUUUGUUGUUGUUGUUGGGUGGGGUGUGGUAGGCCCCACUUCCCUGCUAACCAAAUAUUAAUGCCACGUUUUGCUUCUCAUCCAAUCACAUUCUUUUAACUGUUAUUGCUACAGUCCUCACACGUGUCUUAUCCUCCUCACACGUGUCUACCUUAGUACUACAAAUCCCACCUUAUCUCUCUUUAUUUCUUUGCCUAUCUAUUAUACUCAGUGCGCCUCUUUCUUUGCUCAACAACAAAAUAAUCCAAACAACCAACAAACCCCGCCCCCCCCCCCCCCCCCAAAAAAAAAAAAAACCAAACAAACAAACAAACCCUAGUAGCUUGUAUUAUCAAAUUACAUGGCUGAUGGAGGAGGUGGAGAGUGUUGUAUAGCGAGGUGGGGUGGUGGUGGCCACGUUGCGGCGAGUGGUUACAAUACAACGUCCAAGAUGGAUAUGAUAAUGCUCAAGUUUCGACCGAUUGCCCCGAAGCCGGUAUCUGGGACUGCACCGGCUUCUGAAGGCGGUAGCGGAAGUAGUGGGAGUGGGAGUGGGAGUGGAAGUGGCCGCCAUGCGAAAGCAGGCGGCCGAGGAAGGAGGAAAACUAAUAGUAAUAACAAGGACAAUAGUAGUAGUAGUAAUAAUAGGUGCAACAACAAUAGUAGUAAUAAUAGGAGGAAGAGAAAGUCGAGCUCACCGGAUCGAAAAAAUGAUCUUGAAAAUAUUGUUUCCGAUAAUUAUCAAGAUCAAAAAUCAGAUCUAACACUACUUCCUUUGUUUCCUGAAGCACCUGAUCUUAGCCCUACCGGCCAAGAUCAGGUGCACAACAUGCCCCUCUGGCUAAACUUUGAUAAUAGUAAUAGUAAUAGUAAUAGUAAUAAUAAUGAUAAUAUUUGUAACAAAAGCGGGAGUAGCCCGUCUUUUGAGGGUAAUUACAACAACUGUCACGUUAGUUGGUGGUAAACAGACCACCAACUAGCGUGGCGAGAUCUGAGAGCUCCAGCGAAUAAGGUCGUAGUAGAAUUUUCAAGAGAUCGACAAGUGGAGGAUCAAUCGAUCGAUCUUCAGGUGGUGGAUGGUGAGAUUUGCAUGGGGAUGGGACGUUAAAGCCCCGCCCUCGGCUUAUGUCGGUAAUUAUUAUUAUCAUCAUAUUAUAUAUUCAAAUAUGCCUAAGAUCGUAUUAUUAUUAUUAGAGAUAUAUUAAGUAAAUAUUUUGAGUGAUGCCUAAGACCUAAUUGUAAAUAUUUUUGCGACAACUUUAAUUUGUUUGGUUUUAGAUCUUUUUCAUCAAAUCUAGCUUUUAAUUUUUAUAUUUUUAUUAUUAUAUUCUAUGUAGUAGUAGUUAACUAGCUAUAGAUCUCCCCUUCCCCUUGUAUGAAAUUUCUUGAAAAUUUAUCAAUCUUUUUUUCCUA